UCCCGAGCGGUCGCGCGUAUCCCUCCUCCUCCGCUGCCGUUGCAGCGCAAAUAAAGCCCCGUUGCCGAGAAGGGGACUAAAACCCUGAUACCGGAUACCCGUAGUGCAGGACAGAGCCUUCCUCGCGUCAAGCUACGUCUGCUUCCGGACUCGUAUUCAUAGUCCGUCGCUGCCUGAACGGCCUGCGGCCUUAAGUGUUCAGUUCGGGGACAUCCCCCCCCCGGCUCGGCUGGACUACUUUUUCUCCGGGCAAUGAAGAUGGCGGCCGAGUGUUGAGCGUAGUGGGUAAUAGGUUGCUGGGAGAAAGAGCGACUAGAAGCCAGCGAACAAGAAAGGAUAUUGUUGACCAGUGGGCCGGCUCAGCCGUGGUAUGGAGUGAAGGAGGCCGGGGAGGCCGGAACUGCAGCCCGGGGUGCCCUUAUUCCACGCCCCCUGUUCCCGGGCACUGUAUCGGGUAACCGGGUGAGAUGCUUCCUCGCUGGGGGGUCUGCCUGCCCCGGCCACAGUAAAGGUCUCCCUCCAAGGGACGGUCAGAGUUUGUGGACCGGGAUGGAUGAUCAGAAGCCAUCCAGCGAGGACAAAGAAUCGGAAGCAUCAGCUGAUGAAAAUGUGUCCAACGUGGCUUGUGAGGCAGAAGGUGAUGAGUGUAGCAGUCCAGUGCAGACCGAUCCAGCUGGAACAGAUGAUGGUCUUCCUGAGCCAGAGUGCAUCAGUGGUUCCCAGACAAAGCGCUGUGCCCUUUGCAACUGUGGAGAGUGGAGUCCGCAGGGACAGCGUGAACUUGUGCGCUUUGAUCCUACUCCAGGUCACCCAGAGCUGAUCCCCGACUUUUGUCAGGCCCCAGCUAUUGACACACAGCACCCUGACCCUUCCAUAAUUGGAUUUGAUGAGAGUGUGUCUCCAGAAGACCUCUUUGAGCCAACAGGACAUUGCUGGGUUCAUCACUGGUGUGCAUCUUGGUCAUCGGGUGUCACAAAUGUGGAAGGAGUUGGACUAACCAAUGUGGACAUAGCUGUAUUCUCAGGGAUAUCACAGAAAUGUGAAUACUGUAAUCGGAUGGGUGCUACUAUUCAGUGCCACUCGACAGGGUGUUCGCGCCGAUAUCAUUUCCCCUGCGCUGCUUCGGGUGGAUCCUUCCAGUCAAUGAAGACCUUAAAACUGCUGUGUCCAGAGCAUAUUUCAGAAGCUGUUGUAUUUGAUGACUCUCGCUGUGUGCUCUGCGACGGGCCUGGUGACCUCACAGACCUUCUUUACUGCACUAGUUGUGGGCUACACUAUCACGGCUCCUGCCUCGAGAUCACGGUCACACCAUUAAAACGCUCGGGCUGGCAAUGUCCUGAGUGUAAAGUGUGCCAAACUUGCAGGCACCCUGGUGAGGACUCAAUGAUGCUAGUGUGUGAUGCUUGUGACAAGGGAUAUCACACCUUUUGUCUGAAGCCAGCUAUUGAAAGCCUGCCCUCUGACUCGUGGAAGUGCAAGAAUUGCCGUGUUUGCCGGAUUUGCGGGUCUCGGACAACGCAGUUGGGGCCAAGCUGCCAGUGGUACGAGAACUACACUGUGUGUGAAAGAUGCCAAGAACAGCAAAGUCAAGAUGACACAUGUUCCCAGUGUAAUCAGCCUGGACAAACCAAGACAAUGGAUCAGUGCUCCAGUUGCAAGAAGCUCUAUCACACAAGUUGUGCACAGGCUUCUAACUUUCCAUCUGAUGGGGAGUGUCCAACAUGCAGUAAAUUACAACCACUCACACAGGAUAAAGAAGAGCUCAUCAAAGGAAGGGAGACCCCCGAUACAGCAGUAUCAGAAUGUGAAGCCAAACCACUAGGGAUGCCUGAUCUGGAUCCUCAAGAGGACAAAGGGCUGCCUCGAACAUCCAGUUUGGUGGAGACUCCUUCAGAAAGUUUAUUGGAAGACGUUUUAACAGCUGAAGAAGAUACCCCUUCUCCAUCUUCAGAGAAUGAAGCCGCUGAAGCUCUUCCUAUGACUCCAUUACUGUCAGUGGAAACUAGAAGUCCACCUCCACUUGAAGCAGAACCUUCACCUCAAGAAAGGAUAUUGGAUAGCUGUCCUAUGCUUGAUGAGGCUCCUGUACUUGUGACUGUGGAAGAUGAAGAUAUGGAUGUAGAUGCUGAAAAUGUUCAGGAGUUUAAGAAUGACUGUAUACCUCUUGCUCCACUUAGCCCUACCCUUAAGGCUUCAUCUUUUACCCAAUCAAUUUCUAACAAGGCGAACACAAGUCCAACCGAGGAAGGUGACAGACUAAAGGAUACUGCAUGUAUGGAUGAAAACCCUAGCCAGGAUCCUCCAGUUGCAAAGGGAGAUGUAUCAAAUAGUAGCUUUCAGCAAACGUCUCUUUCUGAUUCCGAAAUGCCCCUGGAUGCAGAAGAGCCUCCUAUUCAGUCAGUGACUGAAAUGUUGACUACAGAAAAUACAUUAAGUCAGGAGAUUGGGGAUUUUUCUUCAGAAAAUGUGCAGGUGCCUAUUAGGUGCACGAUAAUCAAAUCUGAUAUUGUCAAUGAAAUCUCCAAUCUUAGCCAAGGGGAUACAACUGGUAGCUUUCAUGGCUCUGACACGAUAGGGUCUCCAGAUCCCGAGGGCGGGUCCCUCUCUAUGGAUAUGUGCUUGCAUAAAGAGGAUGAAUCCUUACGCCUAUGCACGGACUCUAUGCCAGAGACUGAUGACUCGCUCUUAUAUGAUCCUUCUGGUGGAAAAUCCGAUGGUGAUAAAUCACGCCGCAAGAGCUCUCCGGGACGCUCAAGGGUGAAACACGGUCGGAGCAGCAGCUUCCCUGGUAGGAGACGGCCUCGUGGAGGCAGUAGCACCAGUAAUGGCAGAGGCAGAGGAAGAUCACGACUGAAAUCAACAACGUCUUCUAUAGAGACUCUUCCAAUGGCUGAUGUUGAAAGUUCUCCUGGUAAAGAGGAGGAGGAAGAGGAAGAUGAUACCAUGCAAAACACAGUGGUGCUCUUUUCCAACACAGACAAGUUUGUACUUAUGCAGGAUAUGUGUGUUGUGUGUGGCAGCUUUGGUCGUGGCCCAGAGGGGCAUCUGUUGGCGUGCUCCCAGUGUUCUCAGUGCUAUCACCCUUACUGCGUGAACAGCAAGAUUACUAAGGUGAUGCUACUGAAAGGUUGGCGUUGUGUGGAGUGCAUAGUCUGUGAAGUGUGUGGGAAAGCCACAGACCCCUCUCGUUUACUGCUUUGUGAUGACUGUGACAUCAGUUAUCACACAUACUGUCUGGACCCACCUCUGCAGACCGUGCCCAAAGGUGGCUGGAAAUGCAAAUGGUGUGUCUGCUGCAUGCAAUGUGGAGCGCUCACGCCAGGGUUUCGCGCUGAGUGGCAAAAUAACUAUACACAUUGUGCACCUUGUGCCAGUCAGGUGAACUGUCCAGUUUGCCACGUCAAAUACCAGGAAGGAGAUCUUCUCAUCCAGUGUCAAAACUGCGAGCGAUGGUUACACGCAGUGUGUGAGAACUUGUUCACUGAAGAGGAAGUUGAGCAAGCUGCGGAUGAAGGGUUUGACUGCGCCUCAUGUCGACCUUUCAUUGUAAAGCCAGUGGUUCCGGUCAUUCCUCCUGAGAGUCCAGUGAAAAUUAAAGAACCAGAGCCUCAGUACUUCCGUUUUGAAGGUGUUUGGUUAACAGAGACUGGUAUGGCAGUUCUGCGUAGUCUCACGUUGUCACCUAUUCAAAAAAAGAAGCCUCGACGUUCGCGGAUGUGUACUGGGGGAGAGAUCUUCUUGGAUGGGCCUGAGCAUGCAGCAUCAGAGGAAAGGAAGGAAGGGGAGCUUGACUGUGAGGAUCAAACAAAAGACGGCUGCAUUGUUGAAGCUAUGGAAUGUGAUAUCAAGACGGAACCUCCUGGAAGCCCUGAGCGUGAGGCAGGAGGGGAGCUAGAGCCGGGGAAAGGGAUUGAAGACACAGAAGAUGGGAAGAAAAAGAAAAGAAAACCUUACAGACCAGGUAUUGGUGGCUUUAUGAUCAGACAAAGAAAAACCCACACUCGGUCAAAGAAAGGGCAUGCAGCAUUUUUGGAAGCCUGUCGGGAGAGCCAGAAUCAAGACAUGCACAUGGAUGAUGUUGCUCCCCUUGAGACUCCCACAGAAGGUGGUGGAGAAGCUGCAGAGGCAGAUGAGAAAAAGAAAAGGAGAGGCCGGAAAAAGAGCAAGUUGGAGGAUAUGUUUCCAGCGUACCUGCAGGAAGCAUUUUUUGGGAAGGAGUUGAUGGAUAUUAGUAAGCAGGCUCUCCUAGCUGCACGGCCGCUAGUACAGAAGGCAAAGCCUGUGCCGUGUCUCCCCUGUCCAUCACUUGGUGCAACUGCGCACCCUUCACAAGUACCCCAACAAGCCACAGAGGAGACUGUCAUCCCAGCUACUUCCUUACCACCCGAAGAAGCAGACGGCAAUGAGACAAAAGCUGAAAAUUCAGAGGAUACGUCAGCGACUGAGACCUCGAAUGUUGCUGCUGUUACCCACCCCGGAGAGAGAAUCCCAGUGCUGUACCCAGAGGGAGCCCUCGGCUCGGAUCUGGAUAAAAUCUCCACGGAGGAGCUGCCUAAGAUGGAAAGCACAGACAUGCAACAGCUUCUGAAGGAUGUGCUAGGUACCACAGAUCGGGAGCAGACUGGGAGCAGUGCUACAGGAAGGGUUGAGGGGUCACCUGUUCCUGGAGCCGUUACCCAGCCUCAACAGCAGAGACCUUUUGUUCAAGGUAUAUUGAAUCUCUUGUGGUGUUUUCUGAUAAAGGAUGGCAAGACCGAACCUUGCAGUGUUUCGGCAGAACCUGUAUUCCAUGUUGGUAACUCGUUGCUUUAUAUUGAAUUGUUUAGAGGCUUAAUGCCUUAUAUCGUUGUGUUGAUCCAAAUGCUUGUCUUGCUUUCAGGUGCAUCCGUUGCUCCCAGUGUUCAUCUAGACUCCUUUUCCCAGUCUGGCUUCACAGAAAACAGGACUGGUUUAUUUAGUCCUGAGCACUGUGACACUGAUGGUUCAUGGACUACAGCAUCUACUCCAACCACACCGACCACUGAGGGGGAAACCGAUGGCCUUUCCUACAACCAGCGCAGCCUACAACGUUGGGAGAAAGAUGAGGAAUUAGGGGAGCUGUCUACAAUAUCACCCGUCCUCUAUGCUAAUAAAAACUUCCCAAACCUCAAACAGGAAUACCCAGAUUGGUCAAGUCGUUGUAAGCAGAUCAUGAAGCUGUGGAGGAAAGUUCCAGCUCCGGACAAAGCUCCGUAUUUGCAAAAGGCCAAAGACAAUCGUGCAGCACACCGUAUCAGCAAAGUUCAGAAGCAAGCAGAAAAUCAGAUAAACAAGCAGUCGAAAGUUGAUGUUCGGAAAACAGAUCGCCCUAUGCUUCAUCUUCAGAUGCCAAUCCAACCAGGGUCUCAGCCUGGUGGCGCUCCUGAUUUUAGGACUGGUGUUGUAUCAGGACGAGAGCUUUUCAUGUCUACAGGAUCUGGGAUGUCUACCUCCUCCUCAGAUGUGUUUCUUAAGCCCUCAUCAGCUAGCACUCCAGGGGCAGAAUCCCCAAGUGACGUGUUCUUCAAACUGCCUCCUCAAUCUCCAUCUCAGGAGCUUUUUCCCAAUUCCCCUGCUUACUCGUUAGACGGCAGAUAUCAGUCUUCCUUGACGCAGUCUCCAGCUCCUGGUGGGGGCUUUCAGACUCUUUCUGGAUCAGAGAACCAGCCUACACUCAACACACAGCAUACAGCUCAAAGUAUGGAUUAUCAGGCUUGCAACGCAGCCACCCCCCACCACCAGCCACUCACCCCAGAACCGUUUCUUAAACCACGCUAUCCUACUGGCUCUAAUGAUAACAUCUCAUUGGUGGGAAGUCCUGGUCCAAAGCAGUGCCAGCCAUCUGAGUGUUCCACCAAACCUGCUGAGCCUAUGCUGUCUCCCUCACGCUAUGGUGAUCAUAAGAGACCAUCUGAUGCCAUUUUACUUCAGAUCAAGAAGGAAGAUGUUGGCAUUGGUUCUCCUGGUUUUCCACAUAGUGCUGGGUCAUCAGAGGGGACAGGAGAGACUAAAUGUGAUGUAUUCAAAGCACCUUUAACCCCCAGGCUCUCUCAAAUAGAGCCCCAUAGCCCUGCACCUCUUCACAGAGAUUCUCACAUGCAGGCACAGGUGGUAUCACCUCAACAUCAUUCAGACAUGUACAGGCCACCAUCUGCUGCCCCAUACACUGACCCCUACUCGCAACCUCCUCUAACUCCUCGCCCCCAAUCAGUGGAAGGAACCAGCACGAUGACUGCGCGGCCUCUGAUGACUGACCCGUUCACACGUAUUCCCACCAGCCCACAAUCACAGGGCAGCUCUCAGUCCCCAUUAACGCCUAGACCAUUGUCCACAGAGGCAUUUUGUCAGUCCCCAGUCACUCCACGAUUUCAGUCUCCAGAUCCAUAUUCUCGUCCACCUUCUCGACCCCACUCAAGGGAUCCUUUUGCACCGCCUCAUAAACCUCUUCGACCUCAGGUCUCAGAAACUGGUUUCAAACCUACCACCCAGCUUACUCACACCUCUCCUGCUAGUUCAGGUUUUCAACCAACACUCGAACUCCACCAGAAAGUGCAAUUGAACCAACAGCAGUCUCCUAUGUUUGCUCGUUCUCCUGGCGCCAAUGUGUACACAAACUCCCAGAACCAACAAUGUUUCACUUUUCCUCAUUCCCCAGGAGAUAAUGUGAAGAGUUCUCCCUCCCAUUCUAUGAACAGCCAUUUCACUCCUGGCAAGCCACAAAGUUAUACAUCUCCUAGUAGCAACACUGCCCCUUCUUUCCACCCUUCGGGCAGCCCGCAUUCAUCAGGAAAUAGCAGCACAUCUGAAGUAUAUGCUCAAUCUCCAUUGCGUCCUCCUUCAGUUCUGCCCCAAGAAGCUUCCUAUCAGCCUUCUGGUACCGGUCAGAGGCCAAGCUUGAAUUCUCCAUCAGAAAAGCAAAGAGAAGAGAUACCUGGGAUGCUUAAUGCUAUUGGUGCUUCAGUUCGUGAAAUGCCAGAGAUGCAAGGCACCUCUGAGACUGCUCUAAGCAACUUGAGCCAGACAGAGCUAGAAAAACAGCGACAGCGGCAGAGACUGCGAGAACUGCUCAUAAGACAGCAGAUACAGAGGAACACAUUACGACAGGAAAAGGAAGCGGCGGCAGCUGCUCUGAGCUCAUCGCACGCCGGGUGGAAUGCGGAAUCCAUUGGGCAAAGCUAUGAUGCUGCUGGUCGUGUUGUAAUGUACCCUCAGACACCGGAGAAGUCCAGUCUGGGAGUAAUUCCUCCUUCCCCUGGUGCUGUGGUGGGUAAACUCUCUGGGCAAACAGCAACUCCAACCACUUUUCCCACGGAAGAUCGAAUUGGCACACCAAUGCCCACCCCAUCCUCUGGUGCUCUUGAUGUUUCUGGGAGACACUCUACAGAAGGUCCCCAGGCAUUUUAUUCAAGAGGAUCUUAUUCUGAACAUCAGCAGAUCUGGCAGUCACCAGUUGCACCCCACAGGACACCUAAUCGCUUCCAGGAAAUGAACCGAUCUACACUAACUACAGUUGGCAGUGGUGGGGUGUCGCGAUUGCCCUUUCCAGCAGAUCAGGUUACAGCAUCCGUAACCGUUGGGGGUGCACCUUAUAUUGAAUUGAGACAUCAUGGGCAAAAGUUACCCUUGGGACCUGCUUUCUCACCACCUGGGCUUCAAAACAGACCACGCUUUUAUUUGCCAGGUGACCAAUGUAACGCACAGUUGCCACCAGGAGUCAUGAGAGGUGAUGGAAACCCAUUGCAAGUACCAAUAAUGAGAAAUCCAUUGUUGCAGCACCAGAAAGUCUUGUCUAAUACACCUACUCAAGGGGUAAAUCUGAUUAGUGUCCAGCAACCCAUCCAAACCAAAGUUGACACUGCUACUGGGUUGCCAGACCAUCAAGAACCUGCCUCCCUUGCUCCAGCACGUGGUCCAGCCCAGCUUGAAGGGUCUAAGGAAACCGUUCCUGCAUUAGAGGGUGAACGAGUCGCUUGUGAUGACCCCCCAGAACUAGAUGUUGAUUUUGACACCCACAAAGACUUGGAGGAUGAUGAUUUAGCCAAUUUAAGCCUUGAUGUGGCAAAAGCAGAUGAUGAUUUGGACAACCUUGAUAAUCUUGAGACAAAUGACCCCCAUCUUGAUGAUCUCUUAAAUGGGGAUGAGUUUGACCUCUUGGCAUAUACUGAUCCAGAGUUGGACACAGGGGACAAAAAGGACAUCUUCAAUGAGCAUUUGCGACUGGUUGAAUCCGCCAACGAGAAAGCAGAAGAGGAGGCGAUGCUAAAGGUAGAUCCUGAUGUUAGCGAUGCAAAGACAGACUGCAUUCCUAAAAGUGUGCAGCAAGAGCUGCCAUCUGACGCAAAAGUGGAGAUAACCAAAGACAGGUUAGUAGGUAAUCUUGCAAUUGAAGGGGGUACUCGCACUUUUAGUGGAGUUGAAAAAGCAGGCCAAAUGCCUGCCUCAGUGGAAACAAAGCAACUGCCGUAUUCAGGUGACUUAAAACCAAAGUUAGAAGAUGGAGGACUGAAUGCUAGCACCUGUCAGUUUUCAGCUACCAGUUCAGUGUCCAUUAAAACAGAAGCUAUUCAUAUCACUGAUAAAACUGCAGGUGUUAGUUUGUUAAAGGCUGGAACAGUGCCCCAGUCUCUAGGUGCAACUACUGCCCACACAACAAAUCUGACGGAAUCACUCUUUCAAAGCAAAGAAUCAAACAUAGCCUCUGCAGUGGGCAAUCAGAGCAACCUAAUGCUUGGAAAGUUUGAGCUGCAUGAUGGGGCUCUGGAUCUGCAAGGACCUCGCCACUCUCCUGGUGACGACAUCGACAAAAUGGAGAGCUCCUUGGAAGCUAGUGAGCUACCUUUACUUAUAGAGGACCUUCUAGAACACGAAAAAAAUGAACAGCAGAAGAAACAGCUGAUGUCAGGGCAGCAUCCGGAGGGUGUGCAUCAGCAUCCCGUUAUAAAUACUUCAGCGGUGUCAACUCAACAGCAGGCAGUCCACAUUCAACCACAUCCGGAUGGCCACCAAGUCGGCAUGGUGGGGCAUGGGCUAACAUCUAGACAUCAGGGAUUGAAUUCCACUGCACAGCUUCUAACCCCACAGCAACAGUUGCAACAGAGGCUUGUGGGAGCACAAACUAGCACUGCUUUGGAGUCAUCCCUAGGUAUGCCUCAAAGUCACUUACUUGGAGCGCCACACAUGAUACAGAGUAGUGGAACGUCGCAGCAGGUUCUACCUCCCAACCCUCAGCAGCUGGUCAUGCAGCAGCAGCAGCCGCCUUUGGCCAAUAGUUUUUUCCCUGAUACAGUUUGGCUACUUUUUUUAAACAGUGUAUAUAAGGCUGCAAAAUGUUUGAAAGUGUUUGUUUGCUUGCUAGAUCUUGAUAAGUUUGCGGCUGAUGAUAUAAUGGAUCCUAUCGCCAAAGCAAAAAUGGUUGCUUUGAAGGGAAUAAAGAAGGUGAUGGCUCAAGGCACAAUUGGAGUCACUCCUGGAAUUAACAGGCAACAGGUAUCCCUGCUUGCUCAAAGAUUAGGAGUUCCAGGAGCAAUAGAACCUAGCAGUCAAGCACCUGCUGGUGCCACACAGGAAAGGACCAACAUUGACCCAUCUCAACCUCGGCCCAAUCCACCUGCAUUUGUUCAAGGAGCAAUCAAUGAAGCAGACCAACGUCAGUAUGAAGAGUGGCUCUUCCACACGCAGCAGCUCUUGCAAAUGCAGUUAAAGGUGCUUGAAGAACAGAUAGGGGUUCACAGGAAAUCCCGAAAAGCUCUGUGUGCUAAACAACGGACGGCAAAGAAAGCUGGACGUGAAUUUCCUGAAGCAGAUGCAGAGAAGCUAAAACUAGUCACAGAGCAACAAAGCAAGAUCCAGAAACAACUGGACCAGGUCCGUAAACAGCAAAAGGAGCAUACAAACCUGAUGACAGAGUAUCGGAAUAAACAGCAACAGCAAACCUGUGGAGUCCUGCCCCUCAGUCCCAAUCAAAACUCACGAGUUCUCACCAAGGCUCCAGGUCAGCUAAUGGCAGCACAUGGUCUCCAACAAGCUGGGUCCAUACAACACAACCAGUUGAUUGGACAGCCUGGCAACCUUCGAGGUCUGCAGCCUGGCGUAUCCAUGCAAGCCCAACAAGGUGUGUCAUACGUUAAGUCAAUACCACAGCAACACCAAGCGCAAGGAAGCAGCACGGCCGUUCCUGGGACUUCAGGUGGCUUUUACCCGCAGACUGUUCAUGGUCUUACACCGGAACAAAGGAUGAUCCAAGAAAGGCAGCUACAGCAGCAGAGGAUGCAGCUAGCUCAGAAAUUUCAACCCCAACAACAUCCUGGCUUUCAAAACAGUCUGCCUCAAACAAUAUUGGGCAAGCAACAUGGGCUUAUGACAAAUUCCCAUGGGUUAAUGCCGCAGCAGGGCUCAUCACAGCCACAGCAAGCACUUGUUGGUCAACCUCCAGCAACUGUAUUACAACAUCACCCUAAUCAGCAAAGGCAAAUUUUAAUUACGCAGCAACAGCGGGUACUUGGGUCUUCAUCAGCUGCUCAAUCUCAAAAUGUGAUGGGGCAAAGGCUGCUUCUAUCACAACCUCAACAAAAUGUAAUUGGUGUUUCCCACAUGCAGCAGCAAAUAGGUUUAGGCCAAACGGGGUCCACAAUGCCCCAGAAUUCAGCUGUAGGACAAAUGCAAGCUACUGCACCAUCCGGAAGUCAGCAAAACAUUCACCCUCAACAGGGUCCGGUCUUGAAUACUAGUGAUUCUGCUGUGACUGAGGGCUCCCUUCUACAAAACAAUGGAGACACUCGGGUGUCUCAAGGACAACAGCAGCCAACAUGCAGCCCAGCUAGCCAGGAUUCUAGAGAUGCGCCAUCUCAGGAACAGCUGAAUCACAGUUCUGGUCUCUCUCUAAGUCAAGAAACAGAUCCUCAACAUCCAGUACCAGUGGAAGAUGCUGUGCAGCUGAACCAACCACAGGAUCACCUACAGGCUCCAUUUGGUGUAACUAGUCCAAUGCAGCAAUCUGUAAGGCAACAGCAUAGCAUUGUUCUUCCAACCCCACAGCAAGGUAUAGAUACGGUUGCGAGCACUCAACAUCACCUGUCGCAAGACUCACAUCUUACUUCUGCUGCUUCACAACAAAAUGUGAUGGGGGACCAGACAGCAAGUAUGACCCAGGCUCAGAGGGUUAUUGGUCAUAGUCAGACACAGGCACAAGGGAAUGAACCGCAAACCAAAAGUGCCGCACAGCACAUGACACAUCCAUUAGGACAACAGAGGCCAGUUCCAAGUGCACAGCAAAUGCAAAAUGCUGUUAAUUUCAUGGGACAAAACAGUCCACUCAUGGCUCAGAUUAAAGCACAGUUGCAGGGUAUCAUUGCUAAGAAUCCAAAUUUGCGACAUUUGACCCCACAACAGCAGCAGCAGCUACAAGCUAUUCUCAUUCAAAGACACCAGCAAGCUCAGAACCAAGCUUUGAGACAAACCUCAUUUCAGGAGCAAGCAUCCUCCAAUGGGACUCCAGGGGUUCAGACGCCCUCCAGAGGAGCUUUCCCUGUUCGUCAAACUGGAUCGGUGGCCCCUGAACAGGUUCAGACAGGCUACACUGAAGAAACCCAGCCAAUUGGUGUACAGAAAGUGACACAAGAACACACAGGGUCACCACAAGUAAACGAGCUGGCUCAAAGCCCAUUGCUGAAAUCUCCAGGUAUGGCAAGAUUCUGCCCUACUCAGUCUCAGGAAUCUCCAUCUGGUCAGCCUUCCCAGAGCACUGGAAAUCUGAGACAGCUGCCACCACCUCAAUACAGAAUGCCACAGAUGCAGCCUCAGCAAGUGGUUGCAGCUCAUCCACAGUCACAGCAGUACCAGAUGCAACAACUCCAGCAAUCACAAGUUCAGUCACUUCAGAUGCAGCAAGUUCCACAAAUACAGUCUCAGCUGCAGCAGCCGCCACCAUCACAACAACCACCACAGCAUCAAAUUACCCAAGUCCAGCAGUCACCACAAAUACAGCAAGUACAACCACAUCAGAUGCAGCAAACACAGCAUCAAAUGCUUAAUCAGGCACCACAAGUGCAGCAACAUCAAAUGCAGCAACUCCAACAGGCUCAGCAGCACUUACCACAAACACAGCAAAUUUGCAUGCAGCAGUUGCAGCAACCUUUGCAGCAGUUGCAGCAAGUGCAACAGCAGAUGGUUCAGCAAGCACAGCAGCAACAGGUGCUUCAGCAAACUCAGCAACAAGUGCAGAUGUUGCAGCAGCAAAAGAUGCAGAUACAACUGCAAAAUCAACAUUUGCAACAGCAAGCUCAACAGUUACAGCAAGUGCAACAGCAAGCUCAGCAGUUGCAGCAAGUGCAUCAGGUGCAGCAGCAAGCUCAGCAGUUGCAGCAGCAAGGACAGCAGAUACAGCAGCAAGCUCAACAGUUGCAGCAAGUGCAACAGCAAGCUCAGCAGUUGCAGCAAGUGCAUCAGGUGCAGCAGCAAGGUCACCAGUUGCAACAGCAAGGUCAGCAGAUGCAACAGCAAGCUCAACAUUUGCAGCAGCAGCAAGCUCAACACAUGCAGCCGCAAGCUCAGCAGGUACAGCAGCAAGCUCAACAGAUGCAGCAGCAAGCUCAACAGAUGCAGCAGCAGCAAGCUCAGCAGGUACAGCAGCAAGUUCAACAGAUGCAGCAAGCUCAGCAGGUACAGCAGCAAGUUCAACAGAUGCAGCAAGCUCAGCAGGUGCAGCAGCAAGUUCAACAGAUGCAGCAAGCUCAGCAGGUGCAGCAGCAAGUUCAACAGAUGCAGCAGCAGCAAGUUCAACAGAUGCAGCAGCAGCAAGUUCAACAGAUGCAGCAGCAGCAAGUUCAACAGAUGCAGCAGCAGCAAGCUCAGCAGAUGCAGCAGCAGCAAGCUCAGCAGAUGCAGCAGCAGCAAGCUCAGCAGAUGCAGCAGCAGCAAGCUCAGCAGAUGCAGCAGCAGCAAGCUCAGCAGAUGCAGCAGCAGCAAGCUCAGCAGGUGCAGCAGCAAGCUCAACAGAUGCAGCAGCAGCAAGCUCAACAGAUGCAGCAGCAGCAGGUGCAGCAGCAGCAAGCUCAACAGAUGCAGCAGCAAUCGCAACAGAUGCAGCAGCAGGUUCAGCUGCAGCAAGCACUGCAGCAGCAGAUGCAUCAGCAAAUAUUCCCUCAAACAAGAGUGCAACAAAUGGAAACCGUACAGCACCAGACUGAAGUUAAGCAGCAAGAAUCUAAUGGCUCUCCGCCUAUCCGUCAGCAUCCAUUACCACAACAAACAGGACAGGCGCAACAAACUGAACAAACCCAAGAGAUGAAUCAAAUGGAGGAGUCAAAACAAACAGAACAGGUGAUUAAAGUGGAACACAAUCAAAGGCAGGAAGCAGAGCCUCAGACAGUACAGCACCAUCAGAUUCAACAGGUACAUCACUCACAGCAGCUGAUGGCAUCACAUCUGAUGACUCAGCAGAUGAAAUCUUUGCAGCAUUUGCCACAAGUACCGCAGCAGCAACAGUCUGUACAAUCACCGCAAAUGCACCAGUCACUUCAACAGCAAGUGCUGCAGAAACAAAUACAAAGUCAGACACAGCAAGUGUUGCAAAUUCAGCAACUUCAUCAACCUCAACAGAUUCAGCUUCAAAAUCAGACACAGGUGCAAUUUCAGCAGCAGAAUAUGCAGAUGCAGCAGCACCCGCAUCAGAUCCAGCAACAAGUCUCUUUACAGAACACACAACUGCAACAGGUGGGGCCUCAACAAAGCCAGAUGCAACAGCUUCAGUUGAAACACCAAUUCCAUCAGCAGCAAAUACAGUUGCAGCUUCAGCAGGCACAGUUGCAGCAGUUAAAGGCACAGGGGCAACUGCAACCUCAGCAACAGCAGCAUAUGUCACAAAUACAACAAGCACAAACUCAACAGUCACACCUAGUCCCACAACAGAAUAUGCAGCAGUUAAAGCAAACUCAAAUGCAGCAGCAAAAACAAAUGCAGCAACUUCAACCCCAUCAAAUUCAGCAAGUGCAACAAAUUUUGCAUUUGAAACAGCAAAUGCUUGUGGCACCACCCGAGAAACAGUUACAGCUACAACAACAGCUUCAGAUGCACGUUCAACAGUUUCGCCAGCAGGCCCAGCAGCAUUUGGAAAGUUCUCAAACACUAAAGAGGGAGCCAUCAGAGCCCACUGCUAUAUGUACAGGAAAUAUGCCAAUGCCAAAACCUCAAAUUCAGAACAGACCUCCAGAUGAGCUUGUCAUGGCCUCACAGUCUAAGAGUGAAUUUUCUGUAGCCAAAGCUAGUCCCAGUAGUUCAUCUUCACAACUGGCUGAGAACCAGAAGCCAGAUUUGUCCUCAUCUCCAGUGGGCUCUGCAACCCAGCCGGAGUCUACUGUCCAACAAGCCCAUACCCUUAAUGUAAAACAGACAGAGCUUUUGGACUCUACACCCUCUUCUGGACAGUCACGGCAGGUGGGGUUAUCAAGUAACAUUGGCAACAAGUCUACACCUGUGGAAACUGCAGACACCGAACUUAAUGUAUCCUCUCAAGAAGAGGGCAGAAUGGAUGAAAGUCAAACUGAACAAACUACUAAAGUAGACUUACCUGCCCCUCUGCAUAAUGGAGACAGGACUGAAUUGUCUAAACAUCUUAAGCAAGAGUGUAUGGAAGAGGCUGUGUCUGUUACCCAGGAUUUAAAGGGUGAGCCGAAUGGCGAUUUAACUACUGGGGCCAAGGCAGAGGCUGGGCAUCUCCUCCUACAGAAACUGCUGCGUGCAAAGACCGUUCAGCUUGCUUCUCAGCGCAGUUCCGAAAGUCUUCACGCAGACAUCAACGGUCACAUUGACAACAAGUUGAGUGUUCUUGAGCAGAAACUGCAGGGUGUCUCGCAAAAUAAUGAGGAUAUUUCUGGAAAGAAAGCUCUUGCCAAGCCAAAAAGAAACCAGAAGGCCAAUGAAAAAGUACAAAACUCGCGCAAAAAGAUUCGCAGAGAGGACAGUCUGAAAUCUCCAGAUGCCAUCAUGAAACAGCUAAAGCAGGAGCUCUCAUUGUUGCCAUUGGUUGAACCUUCUAUCACCGCUAAUUUCAGUCUCUUUGCCCCGUUUGGGAGUAGUAGCCCUGUUAAUGGUAAAUGUCCCCUUAAAGGAACAUUUGGCAGUGGAGCCUUGGAGAGCAUUCCAGAUUAUUACACCCAGCUUCUCACCAAGAAUAACCUCAGUAAUCCUCCUACACCUCCCUCCUCCUUGCCCCCAACUCCACCACCUUCUGUGCAGCAGAAAAUGGUGAACGGCGUGACUGCAGCUGAAGAUCUGAAUGAUGCUAAGAAGGAGGCCGAGAACAGUUCAGAAGCUGAAGUUAAGAAAGUAGAGCGUAGUCUGGACCUGCUGGCUGCAUUACCUACCCCUCCACACAACCAAAGCGAGGAUGUCAGAAUGGAGAGUGAUGAGGAUAGUGACUCUCCUGAUAGCAUUGUUCCAGCCUCCUCUCCAGAAAGCGUUGUUGGAGAGGACACCCAGCGUUUCCCUUCUCUGUGUGAUGUGAAGGAAGAGCAGGAGGAAAGAGCUUUAUCUCCCGUCAUACCGCUUAUACCACGCUGCUCCAUUCCAGUGUUUCCAGAUGUGAAGCCGACGGAUACGUUAUCUGUUCCAUCAGGCAAUACUGAGAAAGUCCAUGCUGCAGGAGGAGCUGCAAAUUGGGAGAAAGCCAAAAGCAGUGAAGUUUCAGUUAUGUUCACUGUUUCUGCAGCAGCCGCUAAGAACCUGAACGGUGUAGUUGCUGCAGUUGCUGGUUUGCUGAGUAUCAAGUUACCAAACUCUUAUGAAGUUCUUUUCCCAGACAGUGGUCUGAAAAAUAGCAUAGAAGUGAAGAAGUCUGUAAAACCCACCACAGAUGGUGAAGCCAGUGAAAAAGACAAGCCUGAGCCAGGAAAGCUGGAGGGCAGCACUGAUUGGCUAAAGCAGCUGGAUGCUGUCCUUCCUGGAUACACCCUCAAGAAUGAACUAGACAUUCUUAGUCUCUUGACUCAGGAAGAGAACAUGAUUGAGAAGUCUGUACAUUGUUAUGUUAAUAAUGUUGCCAACCUUGAUGUCCGCCAGCUUCCUAUAUUACCUGAAGAAACUUCUCCUCCUCCAUCACCAUUUGCACCUUCACCUCCUAGCCCAGGAGAGGUUCAUAAUACAGAACCUGAUCCUCCACCACCACUGCCGCCUCCUGCACCAUCACCUUUGCCAUUACCCCACUCUCCAGAUAGAGAGGAAUUAAAAGAAGUGGGUAAAAUUAAGCAGCGUUCCCGUUCCACAGAGGAAGAUUUGGAGGAGCCACGCCAACGCCCUAAAAAGUGGAAAGGAGUUAGAUGGAAGCGUCUGCAUAUACUGAUUACCUUUCAGAAAGUGAAUUCACGUCACUGUGAAAAAGAGGUUUGUGAGGUGAUUGAAAGAUUGGGGACUACUCUGAAGCCUGAUACACUGCCACCAGAUUUGCGCAAGUGUUGCUUCUGUCACGAAGAAGGAGAUGGAGCUACUGAUGGGCCAGCUCGCUUGCUCAACCUUGACCUUGACCUCUGGGUACAUCUUAAUUGUGCAUUGUGGUCAACAGAGGUGUAUGAGACACAGGGCGGUGCGCUCAUCAAUGUGGAGGUCGCACUACAUCGUGGUCUGCUCACAAAGUGUACCCUGUGCCAGAAAACUGGAGCCACAAAUAGCUGCAACCGCCUCCGUUGUCCUAAUGUGUAUCACUUUGCCUGUGCCAUCCGUGCCAAGUGUAUGUUCUUCAAGGACAAGACUAUGUUAUGCCCAAUGCACAAGUUAAAAGGACCGUGUGAGCAAGAACUAAGCUGUUUCACAGUCUUCCGACGGGUGUAUAUAGAGAGGGAUGAAGUUAGUCAGAUUGCCAGUAUCAUCCAGCGAGGGGACCGAAUCCACAUGUUCAGGGUUGGGGGUCUUGUUUUUCAUGCGAUCGGCCAGCUUCUUCCCCAUCAAAUGCAGGACUUCCAUAGUGUUACUGCUCUUUACCCCGUGGGAUAUGAGGCCACACGCAUAUACUGGAGCAUGCGUCACAGUCAUCGGAGAUGCUCCUAUCGCUGUCGUGUUUGUGACAAUAAUGGACGACCAGAAUUCAGUGUUCAAGUCAUUGAAUACGGCUAUGAGGAUGUAACUCUGACAGAUUCCUCUCCUCAAGCCCUGUGGAAUCGUAUUGUGGAACCUGUUGCACGCAUGAGGAGAGAGACUGGGAUGCUUCGCCUCUUUCCAGAGUACCUUAAAGGAGAAGAGAUGUUUGGGCUAACAUUACAUGCGGUGCUGCGCAUCGCUGAAUCUUUGCCUGGAGUAGAGAAUUGCCAGAACUAUCUUUUCCGGUAUGGCAAACAUCCUUUAAUGGAGUUGCCCCUCAUGAUCAACCCAACUGGCUGUGCCAGGUCAGAGCCCAAGAUCAUGACCCAUUACAAACGCCCUCACACUCUGAACAGCACUAGUAUGUCCAAAGCCUAUCAGAGCACCUUCACAGGGGAGACAAAUACACCAUAUAGCAAACAGUUUGUGCACUCCAAAUCUUCCCAGUACCGCCGGUUAAAGACAGAGUGGAAGAACAAUGUUUAUCUGGCUCGUUCAAGGAUACAAGGCUUAGGGCUGUACGCCGCUAAGGACCUGGAGAAGCACACCAUGGUAAUAGAGUACAUAGGCACGAUCAUUCGGAAUGAAGUUGCAAAUCGCCGCGAAAAGAUCUAUGAAGAGCAGAACCGGGGAAUUUACAUGUUUCGAAUCAACAAUGAGCAUGUCAUUGAUGCCACUUUGACCGGAGGGCCAGCCAGGUAUAUCAACCACUCCUGCGCCCCCAACUGUGUUGCUGAAGUAGUCACUUUUGACAAAGAGGACAAGAUAAUCAUCAUCUCUAGCCGGAGGAUACCAAAAGGAGAGGAACUCACAUAUGACUACCAGUUUGACUUUGAGGAUGAUCAGCACAAGAUCCCCUGUCACUGUGGAGCAUGGAAUUGCCGCAAAUGGAUGAACUGAACAGAAGGGUGACGUUCAACUGCUUGCAGCCAUCCUGAACACGCACACGUCAGCAGAAACCAUGGGGAGAGAUCACAGGGCUCCAGCUUCGUGUCCCUCACCGCCCAGUCUGCUAUUCAAGCCUUCCUUGAGAUGCAUGAUCCAGGCAAUUCUGCAUCUUAACCAUGUAAGGGAAGGUGCAGUGAUUUCAGGGGAGCAUUGUAACUUGUCUGGAGCCUCUCACGUGAAGGGUUAAUGCACUGCAUGAAAAGCUAUGCUUCAAUGAUAAGGUGUUCUCUACACAUUGAACAGCUGGUUGGAUAAAUGUGUAACACCCUUUCCUUCCCAAAAGAAAACAUGGUGGAAGGAUUUUUUUUUGGUUUAGUUUUCAGAGUAUUAAGUCUGACUUCUCAAGUUAGAGAAAAUGCAAAAAAAAAUAAAAAUAAAAAAAGACGGGGAAAAAAAAAAAUCAGUCGUUUAGUUAACAAAAGCAGUUUGACAAUCCUAAAUCUACAGGACCCUCGGCGCACCAGAGAGAGCACAUAAGACUGCACAUAAAGAGCACACGCUGCUUUCAGUGAGCGCCAGAGACAGUUCCAAUGACUGUUACCUGUCACAGCUACCCAGUCCCAGAGGCACCUGCCAGCACCUACCUCAUCUGCCUGUCGGAUACUAAUGUGUAUAUGUGACACUCCCAUGGCAAUCUGUUAGCACCUCAAGAACAAUGACACAGCUCAAAAGAUGGGAGUUGUGUGAUGGAUUUUUUUUUUCUUUUUGUAUUUCUACCACCCAUCCCAAAGGGCCGGGGUUGGACUGCUUUGAACCCUUUCUGAAGCUUUGUGGCCUGUCUCUUUCCCUGCGAAUUGAGCAGGCCGGAGUGCACUAAGAAACGUGUUUCUGCUAAUUGCCUGCGUUUGUCCUAUCCCUCAGCGACUCGUUUCCUCCCUCAUUCUGUGCCUGAAGUAGUCACCUUUCCCUGUACAUGGAACAUGAGGUGUAUUUGUAUUAUUGGUAGAGGAAAAGGCAUUCAUGGCAGGUGUAUGCGUGUGUAUGUAUGCAGUGCGUGACUGUAAGUUUCCCUUGGUUUAUAUAUAUAUAUAUAUUUUUUUUUUUUCUAUGCGUGCAUUAUGAUACUCUCCAACUCAGUAUAUCGGUAACACCCAAGAUGAUAUGUGUGGGGAAUUAUGUUGGCAUAUAUAUUUUUGAAGAGGGGAUUUUUUUUUUUUUUAAGAAAUAUACUGCUGUCUCUGACCCAAACAACCUUUUCAUAUUAGCCUCACUUGCAUUAUUCUGAAGCUGCUGCUUUUAUUGCAAUAUAGACUUAAAAUCCUGAUUUUUAGCACAGUGCUUCGGGUGGGAAUAGGUGAAGGGGAGUUAUUUAUUUGUACAUGUAAUUAUAUUUAUGUAUUACAGCCUUGUGUGAGGAAAGUACAGGGUCAUUUUCUGAGACUAGCGUGGUGUCCUAGGUCUUAGCCUAAUUUCUGUGCUUUGUGAUCAAUUUCCAGUACCUCUCAUUGGUGCAAAACGAGUGAUCGGGCACCACUGCAGUCCUAAGACCUGUGGUCGGUCCCUUUUAACUGAAUGGUUUUUAAUGAGUAGGUCACAAUCCUUUUGGCUUCCACACUUCAUUUUUUCGAAAUGUAUAAUAUUUCUUCAUAUGCAAAAAGAAAAACUGCUUUUAUCAUCUAGAAGUCUUUGGCUUAUCUUGCAUCCCUUUUUUUUAGCUGCCCCUUCUGUUAAGAGACACAACGAUUAUGUUUUGAAGUGCACAGAAAAAUUAAAUAAAAAAAAUAAAAAAUAAAAAAAAAAUUGGUGGCAAAAAGAGUCCAAGGGCAUUUAAAAUGAAAACUAGUGUGAAUAUGUGAGAUUAUGUGCUGUUGCUUUUUUAACAAAAAGCUGCUUCCACAACUGUUUUAAAGCUGCAAACUUGUACAAAAAAGAAAUGGAAAGGCAAGUGUAAAUAAAUAUGUAAGAAAAAUAAAAAACAAAAAAAAAGAAUGUUGUGCAUAGUCUGGCACCAUUUUAGCAAGAAACCACUGGAGACACUAUGAAAAUUUGGAAUUUAAACGUACCCUUUCCUUCUCUUUAUUUUCUUGCUUUUCUAACCAUUAAUUUUAAUGAAAGCUGACAGAAUAGUCCUGUCAGACAAUACAAUAUUAGAGUUACCAUAACUAUAAAUACAUUAAUGUAGCUUUUAGUAAACCCUAUACAGAUUAUAUAUAUAUAUAUAAAUCCACACCCAAGCUUGAAAUACUUGAUUUCUUUUUUUAAUAUUUUUUUUUUUGCUUGUAAAACACUUUUUUCAUUUGCUGUGCUUUAUUUUGAUUUUAGUUUUCACCUGCAAAUAUUUUGUUUCCGUGGUAUUCGUUUAUUCCCCCCCCCCAUUUUUGUAUUGAUAAAAUUCCAUGAGGAGCUGUAAUUUGUGCGGUGAGGAUUCUGUACAGAAGAUUUGUCCUUCGUAGAAAACAUGAAAUUAUUCCUUUUUUAAAAAAAAUAAAAACUUGUACGUGGCAUGUUUUUGUAUUGAAUAUAAUUUUGAAAUGUAUAUAAUUUAUGUGAAAGAAGCAAGCAGGAGAGCCUGCUUCUUUUGGUUUGUUUUUAAAGGACAAAUAAAAAUGCAUUUUAAAUAAUUGGA